UUUAUGCAAAUCUUAUUUAUAAAUUAGUGAAAUUAAUUGCCAAUAAUUACAUAUUUUCUGCUAUUUUCUAGCUGGGUCAGGUUGACUCAUCAAGCUCUGAACCCAGUUUUAACAUCUUGUAUUUAUGUUGUUGGAGAAAUCACUUUGUCAAAAUGCAUUAAUCAAUGAGAGCAGGGGAAGGAACAGAUUUGCGGGGAGUUACAGUUGUAAACUUGUAAUGUUAACCAAUGGUUCCUUAAACAUAGAGAAAUUCUUGAUCUAGGCAAUGUUACCAAAUGGUUCCUUAAACAUAGAAAUGUGACUGUAUAAUGGGUCUGCUUGUAAAGACAUUUAUCAAAGAGUGAUUUUAUCUGUUUUGCCAAAAAACUGAUCAUAAAUCAAUCUUACUGUUCCUUGUUCUUGGCAUCUUAUCAGUUGUCAAAAUUGACUGACAUGUUGAUGGAGAACUAUGACUUGGUUUCUUUGACUCUAAGGAAAUACUUCUUUGUUUUCAAGUUUGUUCUCCAAUAUAUUUCAUGUAUUUAUUGAGCUGACAUCAUAUUGUGCUCUACAGAUAGCUCUUUGUUUGGUUGUGGACUUGGCAUUGGAAUCAUGUACAUGAUGUCAGCCGAAAAAGCUGAGAUCAGUAAGCUAAGCAAUGCCAUGGAUGAGAUUGCAAAAACUGUUAAAGAAUUAAGAACUGAACUGUAUAAAAGAAGGUCAGCCAAAGUUGCUGCUAUCUCAAAAGAUUUAAGCAGUAAUAAUGAACUAGAGUUUUAUAGAGCAGGUACAGGGCACAAUAAUGACCCCAAAGUUAUCAAAGUUUCUGGGAUCCCAAUGAUUGAUGAUGUUGAAUGCCCAAGUAGUGGUCUUAUAGAAGAGCCAGAGCCACAGCUGCUGGAAAUGGAUCAACUGGAAGCAGAGCUUGCAUCUGAACUACAAAAACUUCCAUGGUCCUAUCCUGAAGCUUCUGGUCAUGAAGGAGUUGAACCAAAUAUGGAUAAGAAUGAGACUUUUUCUGGUGGGCUUCACAAACUGGAGGGUCAGAGCAAUAUUUCCUUCCAAUGCCAUGGAGUAUUGCCAUCUGAACUAGAUCAGAAAUUGUCCCAUUUGCACAUCGAACAGCUGGAAAAUCAAAUUGAGGAGCUAGAAUCUAAAUUGCAUUCUGCCCAGUCCAAACUCAAUGAGAAGGAAGCUGAACUGGACUGCGUAAAACUCCUGACUGAAAUCUUCCCAUCAACUGUAUCAGGCAAGUUUUUUCUGCCUCCAUCCACUAAAGGUUGUAUGUUUAUGAGUUAUAAUAUUCUUGGAAGAAAGGAACAACUCAACUAUUGGUGUUUGCAUGAGUUGGGGUUACCAUACGCUAACAAAAAGCCUUGUCAUGUGGAAUGUCUCUCUCUAAACCUGAGUAUUGUUUUACAGAUGAUGAAGCUGUGACAUUUGCUGAGCAAGAGUAUGUGAUAACAAAUGCAGGGAUUACCUACUGCAAAUCAAAGUUUCAGUUGAAGAAAUGUGAUUAUCAGAAGGCAAGAGACUAUUUAAUAAAAACUUAAGCAAAAGCAAAGUCCUAGAUGAAGGUAUAAUAACACAUUUUUUCUUUGAAUAAU